AUGGAAGCAAGAUUCAGGUAUGCACAUUGGGUGAUUCCCAAGUGAUUGACACAAUGAGGUUGAGUAACCAAUGCUAAGCUUGGAGCUAGCCUGGGUGAAGCAUCCAGAAAGCAACUACAUAUUUAGUGAAUACAUGGGCAAACGUCACUGACCAUGCAGGAGCAGAACACUUAUUCAUGUAUCCUGCCAUGAUGCCUUCAGCUGUCAGGAGUGCCUAUAACCAUUCUCUUAGUGUUGAUCAUGGAAACUAAUUAUAUCAUUAAGGAGUUUCAUGGGGUCUCUGCCCACACAGGGUAAAUUUGUAACUUGUUUUUCAAUCU